AUCUCGUCGGAGUCAUCGAACGGAAUUUUCAUCAUCUUCCUUCCCGUUUGGUAGCAAUCUGGGUGGGAGAGGGCCGAGAUCCAUCGUUCUCACCAGGAACCCAUUCCCAACCGGCGACCAUCGCUCCCAACCCUCUCCAUCUUCGAACAAAUCCCCUUCCCUGCAACAAAAAUCCCAAACCUAGAAACACCCAAAAUCUCCAGAAAUACCCAAAAUCCUCAACCCCAUACGCUUUUACAAAGCCACCACCAUCGACUCAAUCCCUAGAAUCAAAAUGUUUCCCAAUCCAAAUGAGAAGACUACUGAUGUGAGAAAACAAAGAAAAAGAUUGAUUCCAAAUUCGUUGUCCUUGCCCCCAACUGCCCGUUGCCGAUAGAGUACCACCAGCAAAGGGAGUGGGUUUUGACGGUCGAUUCGGAUCUGCCUCACUGUCGCUGUUGUUGCAACAUCGACGCCUUCAAAUCUCUAUUCACGGCGAUUGUUCUAUGAGAUCCAGCUUCUCAAUCUCCGCAUCCAGAACUUGUACCCUUUCCCUUAAUUUCCCAACUCGCACAGCCAGACUCUGCAGCUCCUCCUUCGCCGCAACCCUCUCCCCCUUCAGCUCCUCGUACCGGCUCGCCUUCACCAUUUCCCCUAAUCAAACGAGCAUGAAGUCUACGUUCAUCCCGACCUGGAGGCAAUCGAAGCGGACCCGAAAGUCCGACGGAGAUGAGAAGAAGGGAUUGGAAGCAUUGGGUUGUCGAACCGCCAUUGGCGGUGGCAAAGCAAGGACUACAUCCCUUGCCUUCUUCCCAGAUCUACUCGAUUUCAAGUCGAAGUCGGUGAUGGUUCACAUUCCAGAAGUCACCGACAAAGGUGAUGGAGUUUUGAUUACUGAAGGCGCCGAUGAAGGUGACGAUGGUGAUGCGGUUGUUGAACCGUACCGCCGCCGUGAUGAUGAUUCUCCUCCUCCACUUUCUAUUGCUCUUGCUCCUGAUCUUGCUAUCUCUUUUCUAUAUUUAAAUGCUUAUUGUUUAGAAAGUGCAGGCCUGAGCAAGAGGAGGAAGAAGAAGAGGAGGAAAGAGAGGAGGAAGGGAAAAUGGAUACAUACGCCGUUGAUGGGAAGCUUCGGAGAACAACAAUGGAGGAAAUAGAUUUUAGGGAUUUAUUUGGUUGUAUUGGCCUAUUGGGGAUUUCGUGUUAAUUUGUUCCUUUUUGUUUAGAUUUUUGUUUUUCGAGUUCACAAAAUUAACGACGGUGAGGAAU